AUGAGAUUCAACAGAAUUGCCCCAUUCAUGCUAGCUCCUUUAGCUUCUGCACAAUACUUCAAUGUGUCUUCUACGACCACCUUGCAACCACAAACACCAGCUGCUCCAAUCACCACUAUUUCGACCAUCACAAGUGAGAUUGUCAAGACAGUUUACUUAACCUUGUCCAAUGGUGAAGUGAGCUCUCAAGUUUCGACCGCUACUCCUGGUGAAGUGACUACCGUGGUUACCACCCCAACAUCCAGCGAUGAUGCCACUCUAACAGUGAGCGACGACACCACAUCUACCACCACUGUCACAAUUUACCACACUAUCAGCGAAGAUGAUGCUUCUUCUUCCACGACAUCAGAAGCUGCAGGGUCUGCUACCAUCGCCGGCGACAAGUUGAACCAAGUGUACGCUGACGACGCCACCUCUACAUUGACUACAACAAUGUUACAAACCAUCACUCUUUCAAACAGUGCUGGUGAAGCAACUGCUACCACUGUUAGCGCUGUGGGUAGAGAGCUACUAUUGGGUAACUUUAGCUGUGUUCCAGAAACUGUCACUGUUACUGAAUACCAAGCUACUAAGUACAUUACCGUCGAAGCCACUUCGUCCCCUGCUAUUCGCGCAACAUCUGCUUACUACGGAAACAGCACUGUAAGCAGCUUGGUUUAA